AUGGAGCCGGCAGCAGACGCAUCGCGGGAACGGGCCGCCCCGCGGGCGGACUCCCGGUUCCGGCUGCCCUUCUUCCCUCGGCGCUCGCGACCAGGCACUUCCAAGUUCCCCGCACCUCCUGCCCCGGAACACUCCGGGGAUCUCAAACUGGCUUCUUGCCCCCCGCCUGAGGCUCGGCGCAGCUCGUGGACGCAGCUGCUUUCCCAACUCUUUGCGCCGCUCCCCGGCUUGUUUCAGAAGCUGCUGAUCUGGAGCCAGCUUUUCGGUGGGAUGAUUCCGACCAGAUGGCUAGAUUUUGCUGGAGGCUACAGCGUGCUGAGAGCCCUGAGGGCCCGGGAGGAACCCGACGCCCCCACGGCGCCGAAAUCUCUGAGUUCGCUGCGGCUAGACCCCUCGGCUGACGCGGCCGCAGUUCCCCUCGAUUGGCUAGAGGAGGGCAUCCACUGGCAGUGCUCGUCCCCAGAUCUACAAUUGGAAUUUAAAGCCAAGGGAGGAACUUUGGACUCCGCAGCCCACGCUUUUCUCCUAGAGCAGCAGCUGUGGGGAGUGGAGCUCCAAGCCAAUCUGUUCUCCGGCCGGGAACUUGGCCCUUCGCCCUCCGGGCCUCUCAACGUUCAGCGCUUAAGCAAUGCCAACGUCGUCUCCUAUUUGCUGAAGCCCUCCUAUCUGGACUGCCUGCCCCGGCUAGAGCUGAGCUAUCAGAGCAGCGUUGGAAGUGGCGAGCUGGUCGAUUUCCAGGCGCUGAGCCCAGAAAGCGGCUGCCUGGAUGAGGUCCCGUCUCAUCCCCAGCCGCUCAACGCGGAGAUGGCUUGCGUCUCGUUGCAGGGAUGUGCGCCUCUCUCUAGAGAAGGGCUGCCCGAAAUCCACCAUCUUCGCAUGAAGCGGCUGGAAUUCCUCCAGCAGGCCAGCAAGGGCCAAGCGUUACCCACCCCUGACCAAGAUCAUGGCUACCACAGCCUGGAGGAGGAGCACAGCCUGCUCCGGAUGGACCUGAAGCACCGCAGAGAUAGUGCAACACUGUGUGUUCCCGCUGCUGGAGCCGUUCCCGGCACCGCUCAGGAGCCCACUGAGGAGAAAGUAGAAUUGUUGACUAAAGAGGUUCCCCUUGCUUUGGAGAGACAGGGCACCUCGGAAGGCUGUCUGUCUUGUGAGGUUCCUACGGAGCAGGAGCCUGGAGAGGACCAAAUAAGUGUAAUUGACUCCUCAGACAUAGACGAUGACCUUCCCAUUUCUGCCAGACCAGCCUGUAGCAACAAAUUGAUAGAUUACAUUUUGGGAGGUGCAGCCAGUGACCUGGAAACAAGUUCUGAUUCAGAAGGUGAGGAUUGGGAUGACGACGCUGAGGAUGAUGGUUUUGAUAGCGAUAGCUCACUCUCAGAAUCAGACCUUGAACAAGACUCAGAAGGGCUCCACCUUUGGAACUCUUUCUAUAGUGUCGAUCCUUAUAAUCCCCAAAACUUCACAGCAACAAUUCAGACUGCUGCCAGAAUUCUUCCCAGAGACCCUUCUGACUCAGAGGCGGAUUUGUCUGACAAGUCUAAUCUAGAAAAUCCUCCGUGGACUGCAAGCCUUCCUGAGUCUCCUGACCAUAAUUCUGGAGCAGAAGAUGACUGGGAAUCUAGUGCAGAUGAAGCAGAGAGUCUCAAAGUGUGGAACUCUUUCUGUAAUUCCGAUGACCCCUACAACCUUCUAAAUUUUAAGGCUCCUUUUCAAACAUCAGGGAAAAAUUGGAAAGGCUGUCGAGACUCAGAGAGGCCGUCUGAGUCUAUUGUGACCAUUUCUGAGUGUCACACCUUACUUUCCUGUAAGGUGCAACUGUCAGGGAGCCGAAAAAGUGAAUGUCCAGACUUGGUACAGGGUGGGGUUCUUUCUGGAGCAAGACACACACAUAUCCAGAGAAAAAAGGUAACCUUCCUUGAAGAAGUUACUGAGUAUUAUAUAAGUGGUGAUGAGGAUCGAAAAGGACCAUGGGAAGAAUUUGCACGGGAUGGAUGCAGGUUCCAGAAACGAAUUCAAGAAACAGAAGACGCUAUUGGAUACUGCUUGACAUUUGAGCACAGAGAAAAAAUGUUUAAUAGACUCCAGGAAAUGUGCUUCAAAGGACUUAAUGUUUUCAAGCAAUGUUAA